UGACAUCUGUGCAUGUGUGUUUAUAAUGGUCAAUUUGCAUUCAUGUGUCUCGUUGAAUUGUCUUAAACGUCAGUCGAGCAAGACCGUCAGCCCAUCCAUCCGGUCCAAGCAAGCAGCCAGUCAGUCAGUCACACCGCCACCCAUACACACAUAUCAGCCAGACCAACCAAGAGGGCCAUCCAUCCAUCCAUCCAGUCUGCCUGAGGUAUCAUUAGACCCCAUGCCAUGCCAGGGCCAUGUGUGUGCUCUUAACAAGCGAGAGCGAGUAGUGUUGGAAUCCCCCUCCCAUCUAACCACACCAUCCGAUUCAAUUCGAUUCUCCCUUCUAGAGCUCGCCUGCCUGCCUGCCUGCCUGCCUGCCGUGACACGUGUGAUGUCAUGGCUGACUAGCCCUCCUUCUCGCCCUCUCAAAUCUCUCUCUCUCUCUCCUUCUCUCUUGGCAGUGCGAUCCGUCACAGGCUAGCUACCCCCCUUCUCUCUCUCCCUGUAAUCGAUACGAUCACCAACACACCCACACACGCGCGCACACAUACGCAUGGCAGCGGGAUCAUGAAAGAAAGUAUGCACACCCUUUCCACCCACCCACCCUCUGCCCCAACCCCGCCGUCCUGUCCUUAAUUCUGCUGCGAUGCACGGUGGUCGUGCCCAUGGUCCCUCUGCCCGCCCGUCACUGCUCCUCCGAUGCUACGGCUAUUGUCUGCCCCCCCAUGCACUCCCGACAUGCUGCUGCUGGGCGAGGGCGGUGACAGAUGAGGCGGCAGGUGCCACUUGGCCCCUGCACCCGACUCGCCAUCGACACCUGACUCGCUGCCGUCCCUCUCAUCCUGUUGGUGAUGCUGAUGCUGCCACAGGAGCUGAUGGGUGUCCUGGUGCGGCAGGGCGUUUGGGUGGUGUGGGCCGAACGACCACAUGGUGCCGUUGGCCUGCUGCUGUUGCUGUUGCUGGUGCUGCUGGGCGUGGCCCUUGUUGGUGGUGGAUGGUGUCUGGUGGGCGUACACGGACGGCGAGGCGGGGUCGGUGAUGCUGUCGUUGUUGCUGGGGGAGGUGCCGGGGUGCAGCAUGGGGCUGAAGGGAAAGCAGAAGAGCGACUGCGACUCGUACCCGUUGGCCGGGUGUGUGUCUCCCCCGUCUGUCGACUGGUUGGUGGUGCCGCUGAGUGUGGCCGAGGCCACGUGCAUCGGCCGGUAAGUCCCCGUCAGAGUGGGCUGCACCGUCAUCCCCGGGGGCGGGCCCGUGACUACUGAUCCUGACGACGAUGUGGUGGUGGUGACGGCCUUCCUGCCUCCCUGCUGCUGAUGCUGCUGGUACUGGUGGUGGUGCGAUGGGCCUCUGCUGCUGCUGUGGCCGUGGCCUCCAGCGCCCCACGCACUGGGGGCAGGGUAUUGGGUGUUGUCGUCAAGUAGUGGGGGUAGGGGGCUGGAGUGAGUGCGGCUCGGCUGCUGCUGGGUGUUGCUGUUGGGGUUGCUGGCCAGCAUGCUGUAGAGGUUGUUCACGAGCUCGGGGCCCACCUUCAUCGUCAGCGUGCCGCCCGAUGCACCACUGCACACACAGGCAGACAGCAAGCAAGGGAUACGAUCCAUCCAUCCAUCGAUCCAUCCAAUAAUGUGUAUCUAUCUAUCGGUCGUUCGCGUACCUACUAGCCUCUUGGACCUUCUGUCUAAGCAGCUCCACGAACUCGCCAGUGCCGUUGACCGCCACGGGGGCAUUGUCUUCCUCACCACUGAGCCCCAUGCCUACGCCCACCGCCACCCCAUCCCCCUCCUGCCCCUGCUCAUAGUCCUCCACAUAGCUGCUACCCUGCUGGCCGUCGUCCACAUAGUCAGGCGGCAUGUAGAUGUCCACCUCGCCCGCCUGGUUGACGUACACCUCGCCCUCGUGUGCACACCUGGGGUACCCCUGCGAUGGGGGCGGGGAGGCCGGGGACUCCCUGCCCUCGGUGGGAUGGGUAUACUGCUGCUGGCCAUCACUGGCAGGCUGGUAGUCCGGGUAUAUGGGGGCUGCGGAGGCAUACCCAUCUCCCACACCCGCAACCGCACUCUCCUGACCCAGCCGCUGCUGCGUGCUCUCUACCUCCCCACCUCCCACACCACCCAUCACCCCUCCCCCACCGCGACUGCGACCAGCCCCGGCUCCCUCUUUCCCGUUCUGGUGCCCGUAGUGCCCCGUCUGGCCCUGGCGGUGGCCAUUGUUGUUGUCAUCCUCAUUGUCGUCUUCUACAGGUGCCAUGGUUUCACUCAUCGUGGCCGCGCGGGAUGGGGAAGGUUUCAGCGGCGGGAAGCCGAUCGCCGGCGUGGCGGCGGCUGUCGCGCCGUUGGUGGUGGUGCUGUGCAGGGUGGUGCCCCAAAGACUGCUGCCUUUUUGCUGCUGCUGCUGCUGGUGUGGGAGUUUGUGUGGCUGUGAGACCAGCGGGGGCGGGCCCGUGUUGAUCUUGGGCUUGUGGGGCGCGAGUGUCUGUAUCUGUGGGGGAGGGGGGCGUGGGCCCCCGAGGGAGGGGGUUGGCGAUGGCGAUGGGCUCUCGGGAGGGCGGUAGGGGGUGCGUGCGAAGGCGGCGGCCUCGGCGUGACGGAACUCCAACUCCGAAUGCGCUGCACACACACAAAAAGGUGGAGGGAGGGAGACGAAGGGGCUGGUGUGCUGCUUUGUGGUUUGUGUGUAGGGGCGCUGACCGAACGGGCAGAAGUAGCGAUGACAGUUGGGGUAGGUGGCACACGCCUUCUGCACACCGCAGAGCAACAGACAGCACAAAGAAGAAAGACAUCAAGGGGGUCGCUGUGUCUGUCUGUCUGUGUGCGUGCGUGCGUGUGCGUGUGUACCGACCAUUUUGUAUGUGAGUGGGUGGUACAGCUGCUCCUCCUUCGUAUGGGCAUACUUGCACUGAACGAGGAAACGACAGACACACGUACACCCGUCGAUGCAUCCAUCAAUCCUUCUGGCCGUGUCUGUCGUGGUAUGUGUAUGUGUGUGUGGUAUGUGUACUUUGCGUUUGUGGAUGCACCGGUUGUUGAGGGCCAUCUUGCCGUCCCGCUCCUUCGAGAAAGAGAUGUUGGGACACAACUCAGGCCUGACACACACCACAACACACCACACCACAGGAUGAAUGCAGACGGCAUCUUCCCAUCCCUCCCUCCCAAGCCCCCUCCCUGUUCGUUAAUGUACCAGUACGUCACCUGCAGAGGAUUGCGCCUCUGCAGAAACACACACAAAACAUCAUUGUCAUUUUGUGCAGUGCGUUGCGUGGUGAUCUCUCCAUGCAAAGACGGGUACCUGCCAGGCCAGGCAGUGGCUAUCGGGGCAUCUGUCCGGCCCCCGGUCGCAACGCCGCCGCUCCGCAAACAGCCUGCAGAUCCGCGUGCGGAACACCGCCAACUCGUCCUCCGUCAGCAUCUUAUGCGCCGACUCUAGCUGCGAGCCCCCCUCCCUGUUGGUGCCAUUGUGCGAUGGCGAUCCCCCACCGCCGUUGCCGUUCCCCCCAUCCCUCUCCCUGUCCCUCUCCCUCUCCCGCCCCCUCGGGCCCCGAUGCUUAUCGUCUUCUCUCCGCCACGAAGGCGGGCUGUGGGUUUUGGGUGCGGUGAAUGGGAUAGAUGUGAGGGCGGCGGACGACGGCUGGCCAUUGAGGCGGCGGGGCUGUCCAUCGCGGGGCCCGCCAUCCCUCAGGAUGCUGCGGUGGAUGGACAUGUCCUUGCUGGACCGGAGGGUGCCGCUGCCGCCGCUGCUGCUGUCGUUGGGAUGCAUCGGGGAGUGCGGCUGCAUCCGGAUGGUGGUCGUAUGCGAUGGGGUCAGCGGGUCAUCUAUGAACGGCACCUUGACAGUAGUAUAUCCGACGGAUGGCCUUGGCCGCCUUGCUAUGGUAGAGGAAGAGGUUGGAGCGAUCCGAUGGGCGUUGCUGAUGUGCCAAGAAAGGGAACUAGCGAGGAAAGGGAGAUCCUCGUAAAUGCUGUUUUUCGGGAAGGUCUCUGCGUUUCUGAGGAGACACCCGUUUGCUCCAGCUGGUGCCGAGUGUUUGCAGAUCCAUCCAUAAUUCCAUCGAUCCAUUAUGCUACAGGCCUUUGUGGUCCUCCCUCCCCGUUUGCCUCCCUCCCUUGCAGCAUUCAUUGCAUUCAUUGUACACCCGCCUAUCGUCAGUCAGCCAUGCAGCGCAGCCACCCAUUCCUUCUCGUAGGUAUGUAUAUAUGUAGGUGUCGACGUGCAUGUGUAUUUGUACAAGGACCGGCCCCUCAAAAAGCAAAUGGAUGGACAGCGUCGAAAACCGGUCAGCCACCCAAGCCA